UGGACAACCGCCACAGAAGGCCGUCUUGCCGCGCGCUUCGUUGCCAUCACAACCCAUCACAACGGAUUGGGACGUCCUUGACCAAUGCAUGUUGUCGAACCGCCUGCUGCCUGAGACGACAUGGCGACAUGGCGCCUGUUUCCCACUCCUCCCUCACCUCUCCGGGUAACUGCCUGCGAUCGGUGCCAGCCUGGUCGUCUGCCCUCGGGGUAUAAGACCAUGUCCACGCCAGAGAGCACUCUGCGCUCGUUGCUGGUCCGUUCUUUGACAGUUUCUGAAGCCCAUGUUAGCAUUCAUCCUCACUGCUUUACCUUGCCCUCCCCCGUCUGGUCGCAACAAUGGCACCCUACUAUGACACUGUUCGAAACCCGAGUACCCUCAGGCAGAGGGCGAUCUCUGAGAAAGCGCUUCGGAGCCUCAGUUCUCUCCGCAAUGCGAAGCCGGACAAGUCUCCGGACCCCGUCAGCCUCUGGGGCCGCGAACAUCUUUUCGCUCUUCGAGUGGUUUGCGAGAAACAGCCGGCGACUGGGGACCUGAGCAUCUUAACGCCUCAUCUUCCGCCGAGGGGCGCGCCAUUGCCCCCUUGCAUCCAGGCUCUCAUUGACGGGCCAAACCAAAACAACUCGACUCUCUCUCAGAUGUCGGAGCCUGAGAUAGUCCGAUCCUAUAGCCCAGAUAGCCUCGGGAGCGUCUGGGCGGCGUUUGGUGCUCUUCUCCGGGAUAAGAACGGGCCCGGCGGUAGUGGUGGCUCGAGCGACCGACCAUCCCGGAGCACAGAGCCAAUCCAGCGGUUCGGUGACUAUGUCCCCUCGGACAGCUUUCAGAUUGGCAGCUCUCCUCCCGAUGAUCGUCCGCCCUCGUCAAACUCGUCCGGGAGCAUUGGAUACACUGAGAACUCGCAGACGCCUUCCGUCGAGGACCUCACGGUUCGCAUGGCGAACUGCUUCAUCCGGCUUGUGUUGAACUACGGCCAGGUGCUGAGCAGCCCAAUUUUCGAAUUCCGCGACGAGAGACUGACAGUGAGCCAUGUCUUGGCCGCGAGUCCGAGGAGCGCCAUUCAGGCCGUUGACGAUGGCGGUGUAAGGAUGUUUCAUCCCCGCGGAAAGGACGUGCAAGUGGCGAUGUUGGAGGCGAAGCGGUGCUUUCAGGCCAUCGAUGAUGGAAAGCCAGUCGUCUCAGAUGGGUUGUUGGCUCAGAUGGUUGGACAGGCCGUUGUGUCGCUCCUCGACGAAGAACAGGAGACCGUCUCGAGAUCCAAUGUCAUAACCAUCCAUGCCACGAGACACUACGUGAAGUUCUUCCACUUCCAAGCCUCACCUUCCUACUUGCAGAGGGUCGCGUCGCUCUCGCCAGAGGACACCGCCGGCCCGUGUCUCUCCGUCAAGUCGUCCGAAUGGUUCGACUUGGGCACCAAGAAGGGCAGAGAAAUGACUGUACGCCAUCUCCUUGCUCUGGUGAAAUGGGCUCGCUCCGUCGCGACGGAAGAGGAUGAAGCGGGGGAGGAAGAGGAAGAGUUCGAGGAUGACGAAGAGAUGGAGGAAGACUAAGGGACAGAGGCCGAGGAAGAAAUGGAGGACGAGGAAGAGGUGGAGGGAUGAGGAUAUGGAGGAUGAGGAGGUCAGCGAAGAAGGGUACCACAAGUGUCCGCUCGACGUGUUGGGAACGGUGCCUUAGGUGUCCGGCAGAAGAUCGGGAUUCUAGAGCAGGAAUACAGAACCUACCUACCUACCUACCUACCUGACCAACUCUACUGUGUAUAUACUACUGGGGUUGAACUUGGGCGGUAAAGGUCGCGGUUGCUGCAUGUGACGCCCUUGUUUACCGUGCCGAGUUCGGAUGGAUGCGUGGCACAUAAAUUUCUGCCCGCC